AUGCUUAUCUUGGUUGUUCUUCUCGCUCUUGUGUGUGCAACGACAGGACAAGUUGUUCCUGUCAAGCCAUUUACACCAGUACCUAUUCGAAUCACUGUGAAUGACCUACCACCACCAUACAAUACAUCAUCUGCCUCCAAGCCAGCUAUUGUUGUGCCUGUACCAUCAGAUGCUACGCUGUUCGUACCAGGUGGUAAUUAUCGAGUGAGUGUUUAUCUCGACGGUCUUCAAUCGCCUCGACAAAUGAUCUAUACGCCUACGGGAGAAAUCCUCGUCACGGAAAGCUCAGACAUAUCCAAUGGUAUUGUUCGAGCUUUUGGCAUGGCUUUCUAUAAGAACUGGUUCUAUGUUGCCACUGCCGGCAAUCUUCGUCGCUACACUUACACUCCUGGUGAUAAAAGAUUACACGGAACAGGAACUGUCUUGAUGACAUACCCUGGAUCAGGUCACUGGACGCGAAGUUUAGUUCUUUCACCCAGUGGCGAUCAUCUCUACGUAUCAGUUGGUUCGGGUAGCAAUGUGAAUAUUGAAUAUCCUCCACGUGCAUCUGUUCAAGUAGCCGAACCAAAUGGCUCAAAUCCAGAGACAUUCAGUCAUGGACUACGCAAUCCAGUAGGCAUGGAUUUCCAUCCAAUCACAGGAGAUUUCUAUGUAGCUGUACAAGAACGAGAUGAACUUGGAGAUGAUCUUGUGCCGGACUAUUUCACUCGCAUUGCCAAAGACGAAUUCUACGGAUGGCCAUUCGCAUACCUCUCGUCGAAAAAUGUCGAUCCUCGUCGCCGCUUCGCCAAUGGUUCAAGUGAACGACCAGAUCUUGUUGCUAUAACCCGCACACCCGAUGUUCUCUUUCAAGCACACUCCGCAGUACUCGACAUGCGAUUCUAUCGUGGUCAGCAAUUUCCGAGUCACUAUCGCAACGGAGCAUUUGCUGCAUUGCACGGUUCUUGGAAUCGUCAGGCAGGAACAGGCUACAAUGUAGUUUUCGUACCAUUUGGAAGCGAUAAUCGACCUCUGGGCUACUAUGAAGAUUUUCUCUAUGGAUUCUUGGUUGAUCCAUCCGGACCUCGAACAUUCGGUCGACCAGUCGGCAUACUUGAGAUGAAAGAUGGCAGUCUCCUGUUUAGUGACGAUGGCAAUGGACGUCUUUAUCGUGUUGAAUAUACAGGAAGCAAAUGA